AUGGAGGUUGAGGACGGAGACAAGCUCUGCUUUCCACAGUUCCUAAACACCUCCUGCAGGAAGCCCUUGUCUCCUUGGCACGAAACACUGCUCAUUAACAUUGUGUGGUACUCUAUCUCUCUGAUCACUGCAACUCUCAACCUGCUCAUCAUCAUCUCAAUCUCCCACUUCAGGCAGCUCCACACACCCACCAACAUCCUCCUCCUCUCUCUGUCUGUCUCAGACCUUCUAGUGGGCCUCCUGCUGAUGCCUGUAGAAAUCCUCCGAAAAACAUCCUGCUGGUUUCUUGGUGACCUUGUGUGUGCUACGUUUACUCUUCUUUCAGGCAUCAUUCCCGCAUCCUCAAUAGGUACCAUAGUGCUCAUAUCAGUUGACCGUUAUGUGGCUAUUUGUGACCCUCUGCAUUACACCACUAAAGUCACUGUCAACAGAGUUAAACUCUGUGUUUGUCUGUGGUGGCUCUAUUCUGUUUCCUACAGCCUUCUCUUUGUGAAAGAUGACCUGACUCAACUGGAGAGGUUUCAUUAUUGCCACGGAGAAUGUGUGUUGGUUAUUGACUUUGUUUUAGGACCUGUAGAUCUUGUUUUGUCCUUUAUUGUUCCAGUUACUGCCAUCAUAGCUCUGUAUCUGAGAAUAUUUGCCGUGGCUGUGUCUCAGGCUCGUGCCAUGCGCUCUCACAUUACAGCUGUCACACUCCAGCUUUCAGUGACUCCAAAGGCAAAGAAAUCAGAGCUGAAAGCAGCCAGGAAUCUGGGUGUUCUUGUACUUGUGUUUCUAAUAUGUUUCUGCCCAUUUUACGCUAUCUCUCUUGCAGGUGACAGCUUGGUCAGUGCUUCAUCCACAUCCUAUGUUAUCUUUGUGUUCUAUUGUAACUCUUGUCUAAACCCUGUGAUCUAUGCCUUCUUGUACCCCUGGUUUAGAAAAUCAGUUAAACUCAUUGUAACUCUUCAGAUACUGCAGCCUGGCUCCUCUGAGACCAACAUGCUGUAGAGAGGCGGUGGAGGGACUGAGAUCAGACUC